AUGGGCUCCUGCUUGAGCUCAGAUCCUCUGACCACCCCACUUUUGGACACUGAAUCCACCCUGGACUAUGGACACAGCCUUACCCAGGCAUCCUCGGAGAAGAUCUGGCGAGCUGGGAAGCUCCUCUUCAUCCACCUCACCAGCACCCGUCCUGGCCUCAUCCGGGACCACAAGCAUCACCUGCGUCACCACAGGCAGUGCUGCUCCGGGAAGGAGCUGGUGGACUGGCUGCUGAGCGCCGGGCUUGCCGUCCAGACGCGCAGCCAGGCCAUUGGCGUCUGCCAGGUGCUGGUGGACGGAGGCGUCCUGACACACGUGAAGCAGGAGUGGCAUUUCCAGGACAAGGACACCCAGUUUUACCGCUUUGCCGAGCUGGAGCUGAGCCCGGAGCCCAGCACCGGGCUCCGGGAUGCGGAGGAGCUGCUGGAGGCAUUGGGCUUCCUGGCCCAGCUGGGUCCCGACGCGCUGCUCACCAUGGCCCUGCGCAAGCCGCCUGCCCAGCGCACAGAGGACGAGCUGGAGCUCAUAUUUGAGGAGCUCCUGCACAUCAAAGCCGUGGCUCAUCUCUCCAACUCGGUGAAGCGGGAGCUGGCGUCCGUGCUGAUGUUCGAGUCGCACCAGAGAGCGGGCACCGUGCUGUUCAGCCAAGGAGAUAAAGGCACGUCGUGGUACAUCGUCUGGAAGGGCUCGGUGAACGUGGUCACCCACGGCAAGGGCUUGGUGGCCACCCUGCACGAGGGGGACGACUUUGGGCAGCUGGCGCUGGUGAACGACGCGCCCCGCGCGGCCACCAUCAUCCUGCGGGAGGACAACUGCCACUUCCUCCGCGUGGACAAGCAGGACUUCAACCACAUCCUCAAGGACGUGGAGGCCAACACCAUGCGCCUGAAGGAGCACGGGAAGGUGGUGCUCGUCCUGCAGAAGAACCUGCAGGGUGGCAGCAGCCAGCCAGCCACAGCGCGGAGCACCAGGUACUUGGUGAUGGCUGGAACGCCGGAGAAGAUCCUCGAGCAUCUGCUGGAAUUCAUGAGGCUCGACGCCACGCUCUACGACCCUGUGGAUACCCUGCUGGGGGAUUUCCUGCUGACUUACACCGUGUUCAUGCCGACUUCGCAGCUCUGCAGAGCCCUGCUGCACCAUUUCCGCGCGGAGCUGCUGGAGGGCUCGGAGCAGGAGAAGGCCACCUACUCCCUGCACAAGCGCCGGAAGAUCCUGCGGCUGGUGAGCCAGUGGGUGCUGCUCUACGGGCGGCUGCUGCAGGGCGACCGCAGCACCACGGCUCUGCUGCAGAACCUCGCGGACCUGGCGAGCCAGGACCCCCGACUGGGCGGGCUGGUCCAGGAGCAAGCGCAGGACCGCCGGCGGCCCCGAGCGCUGGAGAACGGAGACGGCAGUGUUUCUCCCCAGCCCAAGGCUCGGAGCUCGGUGAACUGGCUCGCAAGCCAGGAGGAGGCGAUUUUGAACAGCAGCUGUGCCUUAAGAGCCCAGGACAAAGUGCCCUAUGAGAUCUACAGACCGGACCACUCGUGCCUGAUCACGGUGCUGCCCGUCAAUGCCUCGGUGCGGGACAUCCUGCGGUCCCUCGCCCCCCGGCUCGGCCGGGACGGGGAGCACGUCCUGGUGAAGGUGAAUUCAGCCGGAGAUAAAGUGGGGCUGCAGCUGGACGCCGUCGGGGUGUUCACGGCACUGGGGCUCAACGAGAGGCUCUUCGCCGUGAGCGUGGAGGAGCUGGGCAGCCUGACCCCCCACCCUGAGCAGCUGGGCCCCCACAUCGGCUCCUCAGAGACCCUGGACCUCAUCAGCUCCAAGGACCUGGCCAGCCACCUCACCGACUACGACUGGAACCUCUUCAAGAGCAUCCACCAGGUGGAAAUGAUCCACUACAUCGUCGGGCCGCAGAAGUUUCAUGACGUGACCACGGCCAACCUGGAACGGGUCAUGCGGCGCUUCAACGAGCUGCAGUACUGGGUGGCCACGGAGCUGUGCCUCUGCCCCGAGGUGGGCAGGCGAGCCCAGCUCCUCCGCAAGUUCAUCAAGCUGGCCGCACACCUCAAGGAGCAGAAGAACCUGAAUUCCUUCUUUGCGGUGAUGUUCGGUGUGAGCAACACGGCCGUCAGCCGCCUGGCCAAGACCUGGGAGAGGCUGCCCCACAAGAUCCGGAAGCUGCACUCGGCGCUGGAGCGGAUGCUGGACCCUUCGUGGAACCACAGGGUCUAUCGCCUGGCUGUCGCCAAGCUGAGCCCCCCCAUCAUCCCCUUCGUGCCCCUCCUCCUCAAAGACAUGACGUUCAUCCACGAGGGCAAUCGCACACUGGCCGAGAACCUCAUCAACUUUGAGAAGAUGCACAUGAUGGCAAAGACCGUGCGUGUCCUGCAGCGCUGCCGGGGCGACGCGCAUGCUCCGCUCUCCCCACUGCGAAAUCGCUCCCCGCACCGGCCGGAGGACCCCAAGGCCGUCAGGAUCUCCACGUGCUCGGAGCAGUCCCUGAGCGUGCGGAGUCCCGUUUCCACCUGGGCAUACCUGCAGCACCUGAAAGCCAUCGACAGCCAGAAGGAGCUGCUGCGGCUCUCCCACGACCUGGAGUCCUGACAGGGAUGGAGGGACGGAGGGGGCCCGGAGCAGGGAUGCGGCAGCCUGUCUGCCGGCGGCGGGGGCAGCCCUGUGGCUCUGCUCCCGGUAGCACCGGGCACGAGGCUGUGCUGGAGCCAGCCGAGAGCAGCCUCUGCUCAGCCGUGCCACCGGCUGCAGGUGCCAGGUCCGGCACCACGAGGCAGCUGGGAGCCCAUGUGGGCUGCGGGCAGGCGAGGGCCACGGACAGCGGAGUGAGCAAUAGAGGUAUUUUUGUAUGCAAGGCUGCACUCGCCUUUCUUCUCCGUGCAGCAGCCUGGAUUCGCUCCCUGCACUGGCCAGGGGGGAAGGAAGGAGCCCUGGCUGCCCCCCGACGCUGCCCGCCCUGGAGGUGCCGGGCUGGAAGAUGCCCCUUCCUCCUGGAGGGACUCAAGCCAGAGCAUCCCUAUGAGCAGGGAACACCACGUCUGUCUCCAUCGGCGUGCAGACACCCAGGCUGAGCUCAGGGUCUGGCUCGUGCUGCUGUGCUGCCCCACGGAUCCUGGGGGCAGCCCUAGAGGGGACUUGCCCUUCCCUCUGUCCUGUGUGUCCCAUGGGAGGUGCUGGCUGCGUCCCCUGUCCCCGCCUCUGGGACCUGCACGACCCCAGCAGCCAUGGGGAAAGUAUCUUGAUCCCCCCCAGUACUGUUGGGGCUUAAACCAGCCCAUGCUGCCAAACCUUGGGCUAAUCACAGCCUUCUCCGUGCCUCGGUUUCCCCCACAUAGAUGGGGGCAGGAAUAGCCACGUACAGCCAUGGCGCGGAGGCAGGACAGCAUCCGUCAUGGAAGGAAGCUGUGGUGGCCUCGUGAUGGAGAUGGUGACCUGCUCUGGCCGUUCCCAACCCAUGACCAGUUGCUGCUGGGCCACGAGCAGGGGUUUGGGGGAGAUGUCUUUGAAGGAGGCAGAGCUGACAGACCCCAGGGGUGAGGACCCCCAUCCCUCCCCUCAGAGCAUCUCUGUACGCGCACGGAGCAGUUUUAGCAAUGACCUUCCCAACACUCUGAGCAGGCCUGGAUGAAGCUACGGGGUUCAGGGGAGAUCGCAGCCCCUAAAAGCUCCCACAUUUGCAGGGUACCAGCGCGGGGGAGGCUCGCAGCCCCUGGCAGGUCUGUGCCCCAACCGGGACACCAUGGAGCCACAGCACGGAGCCGCAAGCCAAAGCCCCCCCCAGCCUUGCCCCAAGUACGGCUGGGCUACAAGGGACCAGAGCACCGCUGCAUUAAUUGCUCUUUUCAAUCUCGCCAUGCAGAUGAAUGGGUUGCUUAAAAUAAAAGUCCCCAUC